GGCAAAUCCAAUCGUCCUGCGAGUGGAAAUGGAGUACGUGGAUGGCUAACAAUGGGAUCUCGAGGAGAAGCCGCGCUGUUGCAGCAGCAUGGUCAGAAUCUCUAUCGGCAAGGCAGCUGGGAGGCUGCUGUAAAGGCCUUCACAGAGGCGCUCAAAUCCCAGGAUGUGGACGCGGUCUCGGUACUGGAUAAUCGAGCGGCAACCUAUACGAAACUCUUGCGCUUCGAUCAAGCCCUGAAAGAUUCUAGGCAAAUGAUCAAGCAUGACAAACAAGAUGAAAGGGGAUAUCUUCGCUGUGCCAAGGCACUAUUGCUGGAUGGAAAGCCUGAAAAGGCACUCGAGGUCUAUGCAUAUGCAUUGAAAUCGAUACCGAAACAGCAUUCCCGCCGCCAGCUCGUGGAGCAAUUGCACGACAAGCUUCGGGACAAAUUGGUCUCCAAAUGCUAUGAUCCGUUCAGUGUACUCCCACUGGAAAUAGCAAAUAUGGUGGUACAGCAUUUUGAUUUCAGGCAGAUUGUGGCAAUUUUGAGAGUCUCCAAAGGAUGGGACCGGUUUCUCUCGUCAAUCCGCGAUCUAUGGAUGCGCCUCGACCUUUCAGGAGGGCGUGGCAAGAUCCACUGGUCGUCUGUUCUAGCCUAUAUCAAACGAUCCAAAGCAAUGCUCACACAAGCCAUCGUGCAUAAUCUUUCCGGCCCGUCAGUCCGCAGAGCUCUCGAAUACAUCAGCCGAUGCCCUAACCUCGAGCACCUCGAGAUAUGGUCCUCAUUCUCACCAGAGGGCAUCUUCGAGCUUUUCAAAGGCUGCAAGAAGCUGAAAGUUCUGCUCGUCUCCGCAAACACAAACACCCCACAAUCAACAAUCACCAAACUUUUAUCCAGUUUACCCAGACUGGAACGCAUCGAAAUCCACCAAGCCACCAAAUCCCACCAGUCGGACGUAAAAUGGCCCGCGUCAUUACCAAACCUACGAAGCAUAACACUCAGCACCGUCGAAUCCGCCGUUUCCCCGGAAGGCUUCUUGCCAGCACUGCACCUCCCCCGCUUAACCGACCCGUCUACGCCCCUCCCAAUAUCCAAUCUCACCGAGCUACGCCUCCACUCGAAUCCGCAAAUCUUCGUCCCCUACCCACCCUCAUUCAACCCCAUGGACCUCCCCCAGUUACAGAAACUCGACAUGAGCGGCCUGUACAUCGGCGGCGACUUCGGCCUCCCAGCCAGUCUCCAAUUCCUACGCAUCCGCGGCGGCGCAGCCAUCGAAACCCUCCCGUUCGCAACCGAAGAGCCAUUCCACCUCCCAAACCUGCAGACGCUCAUCCUCAGUGACGCUCCCUGGGUUACCACCGAGACUCUCUACGCAUUCCUGGUGGCAGCUCAAUCCCCGCUUGAAGUUCUUCACGUCGAUAGCUGUUUCCGUGUUUCUGGGAGCCAUCUGGUCGAUGUGUUUCGUGGACAUGCUACACGGCUAACCACCUUGAACGUAGCCCAUAUCCUCGGGAUAGGGGAUUCGACUCUUGAUGUUUUGGUGCAACACAUCCCGACCUUGAAGGUCAUUAAUAUGUCAUUUACUGAGAUCACGGGCUGCGCGAUCAAAUCGGUCGUCGAUGCCCGUGGUGCCGAGAAUAAGGCCAGCGUGGAUCAUUUAUAUAUCAAGGGGUGUGAGGGGGUAUCUUCGGAUGCGAUUGAAUACGGACGAUCUAAGGGAAUUUAUAUCUGCACGACUUAAUACUUGGAUAGAAUGAAUGAACAUGAC